AAGGUGCUUACUUGCUUGUCUACUUGUCGACUUGUCCUACCUAGCGUCGUCCGUGUCUACGGGCCGGCCCGCAGGCUCCAGCUGGAAGAACUCACUGGUGUUGGUAUUGGACGUGUUAUAGCAAGGUAUCGGAGUAGGGUGUAAGUAGGCAUGUAAGGGGGUUGAAAAUUCGUAAGCUUCGUAAGCUUCUUUGUUACCUUCUAGCCAGAGAAAUCCCUCCCUAGACAGCGUGUCCGCGCGGCUACGGUUCCUUUCCGCGGACAUGUGGUAUCCCCAGGACGAGAAGAUUUGUUUGCUUGUUGAUGAGGGUCAUAGGUAUAUGUUUGCCGGUCUAGAACGGCCGACUUGAGGCUCGAGAACUUUUGACAGGAAUACGGAGGUGAUCUGUCCCGAAGGCGCAGCCCGUUGAUUAUGAAUCAAUUCAUGCCGAGAUGAUUGGUGAUGUCACACGAACUGGGCGGUGUUCAUGUUUGGUGAAACACAUCUGUUGGCUACGGUGGUCGUGACCAGAUUACACGGCCUUCGCUUAUCAAUCUGUCUCGAUCCCUCAACCAAUUCUUCAAUAUUGACUGGGUUUAUUUUGAUAUCAGAUGAUAUGUCACCAACAUUGAAGUUCAUGAUGUACCCAUUUUCUGUUCGUCGGAUGAUGCCAGCUGGCGGACGGCUGCUAGGUACUCAUAAAUCGUAUCGUCUGAUGGUGGGUCGCUUCCAAAGCUCCUCCAAGCUCGCUAUCAUCAAGCUUUUGCCCUGCCCACCUGAAAAAGUCACAGCUUGAUUAAUAUUGCGGCGCAAAUUGAAGCCUCGAUUGUGGCGGCUGUGAUCAGGAUUGCCGAACCCUCGACGAAGGAGAAACGGCCCCCAGAUCCACCGGUACCAAUGGCGGGUGCUACGGUUCAUGCUCAGCGGCUGCUCAUGCGGCCUGUCUCGCCUUUCCGGUUUCAAACCUCAUAUUCCUCUACAUCGUCGUUACGGACUUACAGCACGCAGCCCCCAAGAGGCUCAAACAACGUUGUCAAGUUCUGGCCUUUUGUAGCCAUCAUCGGUAUCGGGUUCGCGAGCUACGCCUACAUGGCCAAGACGAGGGCGGCGGCCAAGACUGCGCCAAUGAAAAAGCUACAAUAGCUUCUACCGGCAUGUUUCCCGAUGCUGUGUAUUAUAUGACGAUUAUUCAGUGCACGAAGGAAGAGUUCAUCGUUGUAUCACCAACUGUACUAUCAGUACAAUCUGCCACUUGGGUACAUAGGUAGCUCAUGAAUGACGAUUCUAUGCAAUA